AUAAAACAACCCCCCAUCCCCCAACCCUCUUUAUUUAUUCCCCCUCUUCUUUUCUUCUUUGCCUUCUCCAUAACUAUAAGAGACCUAUUUUCAUCUCCAAAAAGAUAAAACACAGUUCCAAUUUUGGGAUGCAAACACUUGUUUCUCAUCUCUUUCUUGUCUUAAAUUAAAUCCAAAAUCUUUUUUUUUUUUUAUAAAAAAAAAUGAGUAACAUAAGCUUGGUGGAAGCCAAGUUACCACCUGGUUUCAGGUUCCACCCUAAAGAUGAAGAACUGGUUUGUGAUUAUUUGAUGAAGAAGGUGGCUUCUGCUGAUACUUUGCAACUCAUGAUCGAAGUUGACCUCAACAAGUGUGAGCCAUGGGAUAUUCCUGAAACGGCUGGAGUGGGAGGCAAAGAAUGGUAUUUUUACAGCAAAAGAGACAGGAAAUAUGCAACGGGGCUGAGGACAAAUAGGGCAACAUGCAGUGGGUAUUGGAAGGCAACGGGGAAAGAUAGGGCAAUCCAUAGCAAAGGCAUGGUGGUAGGAAUGAGGAAAACCUUGGUGUUCUACAAUGGCAGGGCACCUAAAGGUACAAAGUCUGAUUGGGUCAUGCAUGAAUUCAGGCUUGAUGGCCCCCUUUCUCCUCCAAACCUUGCCACUCUCAAGGAAGAUUGGGUCUUAUGUCGAGUUUUCCAUAAAACAAGAGACACCAUUACCAAACCUUCUAGCAUGGGAACAACCUGUUUGGACGACACAAGCUCUUCAUCCCAGCUCCCACCAUUGACGGAUCCUUACCUAAUCUCCGACCACACCGGACCGAACUCCAACGAGCAAGUGCCCUGCUUCUCCGUUCUAUCUCAAACCGAUCCGAACAGUUUCAAAGUCGAAAUGCAACCGAACAUGCCAACUGAAACCCUAACAUCAUCAUCAUCGGUCGAUCAUCAACAACAACAACAACAAAUGAUGCCAGCCAUUAACGACAUAACUUCAUGUUUAGAUUCAUUCCCACGAGACAAAAUGGUGAUCAAAGCUGUAUUGAACAAUCUGACACAGCUGGAUACUUAUCUUAAUGUCAAGGAAUCGACAAGCUUCGAUGGAGGAAUUAGUUCAGACCACAGCUACUUGUCUGGAAUUUGGGAUUGUCCUACAUUUGGAAUUAAUUAUUAAUUAUAUUGUCAUUAGGGUUUUAGAACCAAAAAAAAAUGUUUGUAAAAAAAAAAAACACAUUAUACUAAUUUGGGGUAUCAUAAAUUAUUUGCCCCACUUCCUUUCAACAUUUUAUUUAAGAUAUGUGAUGGUCCUAAAGGAGAAAAUUGUAACCAUCAAAGUUUAUUUGAAUCAAAUAUAGGGUUGUGGAA